CACUCCUUUCACCUUCAUUAUACCAGAACUGACCCUAUCACCACCCCUUUGACCUGUAACAAUCACGCGGCCCCCUAGAAGGUCAGUCCGGUAAAUUCACCACUGAAUCCCAUUCAGUUUCAGCUGCAAACAGAGGAUAAGCAUUCAGAGCCCCAAUCUCAGAGUCUACGAUACGAACAUUUCUCAGAUUCCUUUUUUCACCAGAAACACUCAUUUCUCGCCGGAAUAGUCGUGCCCAACUGGUCGGAAGCCGACCCAGAUUCAAAAAAAAAAAAAAAAAAUGGGUUUGCCCCAAAACCAGUGAAAACCACGAUGGGAGAAGAAAAUCCAGACCAAAGCUCGCCGGAACCAUCCGCCGGAAUAUCCGGUCUGCGGCGAGCCGUUGAAAUCAUAUCUUCGUUGAUUUCUCUGACUCACUCAACCAAAGUCUUUGCAGCGAAAUGGCAAUCGAUUCGGAGCAAGCUCGAGGAGCUCAACUCGGGCUUAAUGGCCAUGGAGAACUGCGAAUACUCCAGCGGAAACCCUGAGAUCUCAGGCUUAGUAUCGGCCAUAUUAGCCACCAUCAACGAGUGCUACGACCACGCUCGCCGUUGCGUCGAUCUCUCUUAUAGCGGAAAGCUUCUAAUGCAGAGCGACCUGAAUGUGAUCCUCACGAAAAUCGAUCGGCACGGAAAGACUCUGUCGGCCAUGUACACGGCUGGGAUUUUAACUCAAGGGUAUGCCUUGGUAGUUUCAAAGCCUGGUCUUGGUGCUUGCAAAGACGACAUGCGGUUUUAUGUACGAGACUUGUUGACCAGAAUGAAGGUUGGAGAUUCAGGAAUGAAAAGGCAAGCCUUGGUUAAUCUGCACGAGGUUGUGGUCGAGGACGAGAAGUAUGUGAAAGUAAUGUUGGAAGUCGAUGAUGUUGUGAGCGUGUUGGUGAGUUCUCUUCACUCGUCAGAGACGGAGAUCCAAGAAGAGUCUGCUAAGGUGGUCUCGGUGAUCGCAGGGUUUGAUUCGUACAAGGUGGUCUUGGUCGGAGCCGGAGUUAUCGCGCCGUUGAUUCGGGUUUUGGAUUGUGGGACUGAGCUGGGGAAAGAGAGUGCUGCAUGGUGUUUGAUGAAACUGACCCAGAAUUCCGACAAUGCGUGGUCGGUGUCGGCUCAUGGGGGAGUCACUGCGCUGUUGAAAAUAUGUGCUGGUGUUGAUUGCAAGGUCGAAUUGGUUGGUCCUGCUUGUGGGGUGCUGAGAAAUCUCAUUGGAGUGGAAGAAAUCAAGCGGUUUAUGGUUGAAGAAGGUGCUCUUUCGAUGUUUAUCAGGCUUGCAAGGUCUAAAGAUGAAACUUUACAGAUGAUGUCGAUUGAAUUCCUUCAAAGCAUAGCAUUUGGAGAUGAAUUGAUUAGGGAAACAGUCAUUAGAGAAGGAGGAAUUCGCGCUUUAUUGCGUGUUGUAGAUCCUAAAUGGUCUCAUUCUUCGAAAACCCGGGAGGUAGCACUGAGGGCAAUUGAGAAUUUGUGCUUCUCUUCUACAAUUGCUGUAAAAUUUUUGAUGAAUUGUGGGUUUGUGGAUCAGCUUAUGUACUUUAUCCGCAAUGGGGAGGUUUCGAUUCAAGAAUUGGCACUGAAGGUGGCGUUUAGGCUGUGUGGGACAUCAGAGGAGGCCAAGAAAGCAAUGGGUGAUGCAGGGUUUAUGCCUGAGCUUGUUAAAUUUCUCAAUGCCAAGUCUUUUGAAGUUCGGGAAAUGGCAGGCGAGGCACUCUCCGGCAUGGUCUUGGUCGCUAAAAAUCGAAAGAGGUUCGUGCAGGAUGACCGGAAUAUUGGGCUGCUAUUGCAACUGCUUGACUCAGAGGAUGGAAAUUCAGGUAACAGGAGGUUCUUGCUCCCUAUACUAACGUCAUUAACAAGUUGCAGUAGUGUGAGAAGAAAGAUCGUGAAUUCAGGGUAUCUGAAAAACAUAGAGAAACUUGCCCAGGCCGAUGUUUCUGAUGCUAAGAAACUUGUGAGGAAGCUAUCCACAAACAGAUUCCGCAGUAUGUUGAAUGGAAUCUGGCAUUCUUGAAUGUAAUUUUCCUUCUCUUUAUAGAUGUAUAUCUGCGUAAGUGUUUGCCAAGUUUUGCUUUCUUUUUUUUUCUUUUUUUUUAACUUCUUCUUUGUCAAUGCCACCCUCUUUUACCUUCAAAUUUUCCACUUGCAAAACACAGCCUUAGAACAGUUUUUUGUGAAGAUUGUAACUGCAACUCUGCAGACUUCAGGUAGAUAUCUAAUAAAAGCUGCUGUUACAGAUUUCCUUUA